AUUUUUUUGCCUGUUCUCCUAGAUCUCCAACAAUUUCCCUUCAAUCAUUAAUUAAAUAGUUAACAUUUUAUCAGUAUUUUUUUUCUUCUUAAAAUAAAACAGGUAAUUGGGAAAAAAGGUUGGAGAUGAAUAAAAUGUUCAAAAAAAUGAAAGGAGAGGAAAAGAUAGAAAAGAUAAUUCGUGGUCUUUUAAAGCUUCAACACAACAGGAGAUGUAUCAAUUGCAAUUGUUUGGGGCCACAAUACAUUUGCACAACUUUCUGGACAUUUGUCUGCACACGUUGCAGCGGAGUGCACCGUGAGUUCACACAUAGGGUGAAAUCUGUGUCAAUGGCUAGAUUUAGUGAAGAAGAAGUUAGUGCUUUGGAAGCCGGAGGUAAUGAGCGAGCUAAGGAAAUCUACUUCAAUACAUGGGAUACGUAUCGUAAUUCAUAUCCAGAUCCCAGUGAUCUUUACAGACUUCGGGAGUUUAUAAAGCAUGUGUAUGUGGACCGGAAAUAUACAGGUGAGAGGGGCAGCGAGAAGCUUCCUGUAGUGAAAACGAGUUUUAAAGAUGACUACAAGGAAAUGUACAGUUCCAGAGCUGGAGAUGCUGACAGAUGUUCGUCUGAAACAUACAGUCCAAGAAGGAGUGAUGAUAUGAACUUAAGAUCAUAUUCCAAUAUCGAGGAUAGAAGAAGUCCCCGUAAUUACAACCAAGGUGCGAGGUCUAACAGGGAGAGGAGCCUAUCAACGCGCUUUGAAAUAGUUGAUGACAGGUUCCGAGAUGAUGGAAGUAGUGAUAUUAAGCGAUAUCAAUAUCAUAUAUUCUCAAAAUCAGAGCGUAGAAGUAACUCGCCUGCUAGUUCUCCCAAAAUACAUUCGAUCAAAGACAUCUUGGGUGAUAAAGUUAUACCACUAGAGGUUGGUGAGUCUCCUAAACAAAGUGCAGGCGGGGUUACUCGUGAAAGCUCUGCUAAUGAUGAGAAAAUGGAAAAGGAAAAGGAAAAGGCAGCGGUCACCAAUAUUGAUAGCUUAAUUGAUUGGGAAACUGAACCUCAGCCUCAGCAACAGUCACCACAAACAGAAACAGAUCCAUCUAAAGAGACCUCCAAUGCUACAACUCCACCUUCUUCAGCAGCUAAGGUUUCCAAUAUGGAUUUACUGGAAUCUUUGUUUAUUGACAUGACAACUCCACCAGUUGCGUCGACAGAAAUUCCAGCUGCUACUGAACCUACACCAGUUGGAACUGUAGCUUCAUCCAAUGCCACUCAAUCAGCUGGAGCUUCCCCUGUAGUUUCAAGUAGUUUUGGACCUCCUGUGGCUUCGUUUGAGAGUACCUUAUCGUUUCCCAGACCAAAUGAUUCCACAGCGAUACCGAUACAUAAUCAGCAUUCUGCAGUGCCCGUGGGGAUCAAUAGCCCCAAUGUUCAACAAAGUACUGCACCAUUUGGAGUUGCAUAUGGUCAGAAAAAUACUUUGCAACCUACAGGAAAUGCUGAAGCACCACCCACGAAUCCAUCAUCUCUUCAACCAUCUCAAGCUGCCUCUAUGUCAGCUCUAAAUACUAGUCCAUCAAAUGAUCCAAAUACUAUUGGAAGAAAAGAACUCCCAAUGGACCUUUUCACAUUGAGCUAUCCUCCACUUGCUGCAGCUGUUCCAGGUUGGCAGUUUCCCCCUCAUGGAAUGGCGUAUGGCAUGCAAUACCAUCCGUCUGUAAUGGCAAUUUCAGCUCCUCCAAACUCAGCAAAAACAAGAAAUCCAUUCGAUAUUGGUCAGGAUGGCCCUCAAGUUCAAGCCCCAGAGUUUCCUUCAAUGUUACCUAUGCAAGCAGCACUACCAACAAAUGUACAGCCUCAGCCUUAUGCUUUGGCAAUGCAUAUGCCUCCACAGACAACUAACUAUGGGAUGACCAUUUCUGGAGGGGCAUAUGCAGGGCAACAAAUUCCCAACAACAUGGCCCUUGCCAAUCCACAAGGGAAUACUAGCUUUGGCAAAGAUGAUUCCGCCUUCCCUUCCUUAAAUCCUCUUCAACAGUCCAAUGAUGCAUUUUACACGCCAGCAAGAUCAAACAGUUUUUCAUCUGUAGGAGGAAAUCCAUUUGGAUAGUCGAAAAAGCAACAUCAAACAUAUAUAUAUACACAAGACUCCACUUGUGUUCCAGUUUCUUGUAUCCCACACACAUGUACAUCUUCUUAGGAGAAGUUAGUUUCAGUCAUUCUGGUUAAAAGUGUAUUGCUAGUAGCUGUAUAUAUUCAAAGGCGGAUUCAAGAUUUUAAGUUUAUGGUCGUCCUGAACUCACAAUUCUUUUUUGCUUACUGGGUUCAGGAUUAGAUUGUUUAUACGUAUUAA